CCGCCGGAUUAAGACAGGAGGACACAAACGUAAUUUUAAGUCUCAAUAGCCCGCUAAUUGGACGGAAGUCAUGAAGACUUCUCAGAUCGUGUUCCUAGGCCUGGCCCUAUUCCUAACAGUGUCCGCUGUCAGGAGUUACCAACGCGAGGGCUGUAGUUGUGGUGGUCUCGGUGCUGGUACCAACCCUUGUAGUUGCAGCGACUUCCUGGUGAGAGCAGCCAAACAACCAAAACCGGCGCAUUAUGCUUCGCCAUUGAUCAUCAACGAAGCAGCAGCUGCCAGAGCAGCUGCAAUGGGUCCAGCAGGAUGUGACGGAGGAAGUCCUCAGGCUCGUGAUCUCGAGGGUGGACUCAGUGUCCAAGAUCUCUUGACAUUGGGACCACACGCCAGAGUUGCACCAAAACUGUCCCCGAUUGGCGACCUUUGCUCAAUUGCUUCACACAGGUCUGCCGUUUUGCCUGCGUACCCGGGAAAACCAAGUUGUAGGGCAUGCCAGACAGCUGCCAGGAAUAGUGAGGGAGCUUUGGAAAUGGCUGAGUCUUCUGCCACCGCCAAUGCAGGUGCAUUCGGUGUCCAGAGAUCCUUCAACGGUCUCAGCUCCAAUUUGAACUCUUUCGAUGAAGACGAUGGUAUGUCAUUCGACGAGCAGGAGAGCAUCUACAACGGCAAUGCCGUACCAAUCGCACCAGCUGAUGCUGUAUCCCUCUCUCUUGCCUACGGUCUCGCACGUAGAGUCGCUAAGAUCAUCCCCGAGGAGAAGCUCGCCUUCGGACCCCGAACUCUCCCAGCUGAUGGACACAUCAAGCAAACCAUUCCUGACAUCCCCGAAGAGAGAUUAUUCGCCGUCGACAAACCUAUUGUUGAACUGAGGGCUGCUCCCAGAGUUUACGGCUCAGGUUCAGGACCUUGUUCCGCACUUGAAGAGGAUCUUGCCGAACAGGAAGCCUUGGAACAGCAAAGAUUGGAACUGGAAGCAGAGGCACAGGCACAAGAACAAUCUGGAGCACCUAGCUUCAUUUCUUACAGCGAUCUUGGAUACGCUCCAGUUGGUCCCAGCAACAAUAACUUUGUUUCGACCCAACCAACAAGCUACUCAGGUAUUAGUGGAGUACCUGGAUUCUCUGGGGAUAGCAGUGCUCCAUGUGGUCCUCUUGGAUCACCACUGCCAGGCUACCGCAGUGGGGUUGUGAUCUCUGACGACGAUCAGUCCAAUGAUCAAAAUGGGGCCUAUGGUAAUGGAUCUUGUGGCGAGAAUAGCCAAGAGCAGGAUGGUAGCUACAGCGCUGAAGACGAGGACGAUGAGGAACAAAGUGGUGGAAUUUUGGCUAGGCUGCGAUCCGCCGCUCGUAAAAUUCAUCAUCAUCAGCAUGGAAGCUCCUGCGGAUGUUCGCAGUGAUUAUGAUCACUGAUUGACAACCCGUUAAUUCUUAGCAGUGUUGAAUCAUACUGAUCAACUGCGCGUAGAACUAGUCUUCACCCCUGUACCAUGCCUCCCACCCAGACAAAUAAAAAAUUUAUUUCCGUAAAA